AUGGCGAACCAGCAACUGCAGUUCGCCGAGACGGUUCGCGCGUGAGUGGAAUUCCAGAGACAUCAGAGACUUAACACGACGUAGGCGCUGACAACCCGAUUUGAAUGAUGCAGCAUGAAGCUUGCCAUGAAGCGAAGGCCGUCGGACAGCGGCAGCGACGACGAGAUUCGCUCAAGUACCAAUCGUGGCAACAAGCUCAAGCGCAGUGCCAAAUUCGUCCAGCAGCACCGCCUGGAUCACACAGGCGGGCUGGCAUACAAGAAGGUGUGUCUCUUCGCAUUAAGAGUCGGAGGGAGAAUGGAGUUACGAGGUGGGAAGGACAUUGACUGGGCAUAACAGAGGGUCAACCAUGCUGGAUACCCACGAAACAUCAUCUCCACCAACCCGCCGCUUUUCGACGACGACGGCGACGUCUACUCGCCCACCUCUUCCGACAACGAAGCAGAGCGAUACGGGGAGCCUCUCGAGGACGAUCCCUUUGGACAAGUGCGACUGGAGGAGCUCCUGCGCCCUCUGACCGCUGCCGCCGAUCUUCCCAACCACCCCACACUGAGCGCGCCCUACAAGGCCAAAGCGCUAACCCAGAUGGCGGAGGAGGCUUUGGACAUGCUGCGUCGUGAGCGCACUAGCUUGUGGAAGGCGAAGCGGCUUCUGCAAAGGUUUAGAGGCGACGCCGACUGGGUGCCCUGCGAGACGUUCGAGACGCAGCACGACGAACUGCUGCUGCAGGAAGAGGGUAGUAUUGGAGAGCAGAGCACCAUGGCCAGCGUCCAGAUGGAUCAACCUCUAUUCGAAUUGGAGCCGCCAUCUGUCGACCCCCAAGAACAAGGUUCACCGGCAAUUUCUGCGGAGGAUGUGGUUACGGCUGACCACCCCGACCAGGCCCCUGAAGGUGAUGCCAUGGAAGGCGUCGAGGCGGUGGACAUGGCCGCUGUUGCCACGAAGGGAGGUGCUCACGAUACUUGUCGGGAGGGGCUCAAAGAGACCGACCAGGUUCGGUAUGAUCUCGAACCUGUGUCUGCAGCAGACGAUAAUUCCAAAGCGGCAGUCGAAGACGAUGGUCCUGAACAGGCGCCCAAUCCUGUCAUCACUGACCUGGCCGAACGCGAGACCGCCUCUGAAACAGCAUCCAACUCCAACGGCACCAGCGUUCACGCGAUGACCACAAGAGCCCGUGCCCGGUCACCCGCGGAGCGCUCUGAUCGGACGCCUUCGCCGUCUCCGAGCGAGUCCGCUUCGGUGCCAGCCGUGCAUCCCUGGUUUGUCCCGCCCUCGUCCUGUCUUGCUGACCGAGACCUGGGUCUUCCAGCGGGCGAAGCAGAAGACACUCGCAAGCUUCUUCUGCUAUACGUUCAGAAGCAAGAGCAGGUCGUCCGUUCCCUCGACAAUCUGUACACAGGUCUACAAAAAGCGGAUAGGUUGCGUCACUUUGUAUAUCAGAGCUGCAAGGCGGAGGCACAUCUGGUUCUUGAUGGCAAGGGCAAUAUGGUGACCGAAAUGAGUGAUGGGGAGGACUGGUACGAUAUCUCUGACUGGGACCUGCAACCUUGGGAGCUGAAAGACGGCAAGUUAGAGAAGGGCAAAGAUGAAGUGGAGGAUGUGGAAGAAGAGGGGAGGAGGAGGCCAGGCAGGGGCAGACGCGUCAACAGGAUGUGA